AUGGAAUGGUUGAAGAACACGCUGUAUCGGAUCGAAUGGAAGCUGCGGCGUGCGCUCAACACCAAGAAUCAAUUGAUCUACCCGAUUCAGUGGAGCGCGCCGAGGUUGACAGCUGCUCAUGGGCCGUCGGAGCAUUUUCGGAGAAGUCUCGACGACGAGAAUUGCGAGAAAUUGAGGCUGAUAAUGCGCGAGGUCGAGGUGAUGUCGCGACUGAGUCCGACGUUCCCGCGACGGAUCUCCGAUUCGGACUGGAAGAGAAUCCUCGAAUGCGGUUCGAGGAAGCAACGCCUAGACCAACUCAUCUUCUUACAUCGAAAUGAAAGGAUUCGAGAGAAGGAGAAGCUGAAGAAAAUGGAGAAGCGCGCGGAGAAGACGAGAGUCUUCAAUGAAUAUGGACUACUCUAUCGACCAUCAGAAUAUGAGAAAACCCACCAAUGGAUGAAUGUUUUGAGGUCGUUCCUUCAAAAUUCGCCAACUUUGGUAGUCGAUUGCCAAUUUCUCGACAAGCUUUCGGUGCGCGGUCGUGAGCUGACAGGAUCCCAACUGAAGUAUAUCAUAUCGGAGAAUCGAGAAUUGCGCGAGCCGUUUCGAUUAUAUUUCGCGAAUUUCGACGUUUCAUCGCGAAUCGUUCAAGACAUCCAGAAAUCGAAACUGCAAGGCAUCCAUCGAAUAUCGCCGAUUGUCACUGAUCAAUGCUUCUCGCAAAUUUUCGACAAGCAACGAAUUAUUUAUUUGAGUCCUGACGCCGACGAAACACUUGAGACUGUUGAUGAUGACAAGGUGUAUGUGAUUGGAGGGAUUGUCGAUCGGGUAGUUGAGCCGGAAAUCGAGAAACACGCGUCGAAAAUGGCGUCAGAGAGGGCUGCCGUCAAAUGCGCGAAAAUUCCUUUGGACCAAUAUAUGGAAUUCAAAUCUGGCAGCAAAUUCCUCACGUUGAUUGCUGUCAUGAAAAUCUUACAUGAGGUGAACCAACAUGGGAAUUGGGCUCGCGCUUUGAAGAAAUGUGUGCCAAUGAGGAAUCAAAGAAGCGCAGAGGAGAAAAAUCCUGUCGGAAGAGAUUUGCAUAAGAAAUAUCGCGAGUAUAACAAAAGAGUUAUCAAAUUGGUUGAAAACGAGUUAGGAUAUUAA